AUGAGCAGUAUGCUUGAUGAGGUAUCCAAGCUGCCUGAUGAGGUAUCUAAGCUGCCUAAUGAGCUAUCUGCUCAAAUCUUCUCGUUUUUCAACGUGUUUGAGUUGGCAAGAUUGGAACGAGUAAGCAAAUCGUGGCAAAGUAUGAUUCGAACAAAUUCGACUCUAUGGAAAGAUGACCAAUUUGAUGCACAAGCUUUCGAUCCUUGUGCUCUUCAACACGAAGAGAAGUAUAAAGCCAUGCUCAAAAGAUGCGAUGGUAAGAUCGACAAAGUCUUUUUACCACUUUUCCUUCCAUUCAAUACUCAAGCCAAACUCAAAUCAUUGCUCAAGCCUCUGGUAAAGUCGGAAGUUAAAGACCUUUGGAUCGUAAUCAGAAACGAUGCAACGUGCCCAAAUCAUCACAAACACUAUGAGCCGAAGGUGUCACGUUUAAAACUGAAGAAGCAAUUUGAAGAUGCAUUUGAAGCUGUUUUGAAAACUGUGGUGCAAUGCGGUCACUUGAAGAAGUUACGUUUAGUCUCAGUUCCAAGCGCAAUCGUGAAUAUAACAGACUUUGGCGAGCCAACAAAAUGGCCUUUCGCUGCUGUUCGACUUCAAAAGCUCGCAAUGCAUAACAUCAGAUAUCAUUCUCUAUUCCCGUGCGAAGAGCUCUAUCAAACUAUCUCAGAAGCUGAGGAGAUCGAAUUAUGUUUUGCUGAUUUGACUUUCUGGAAUCACCAAAAGAAGGAUUGUUGGCCUUUUAUCAGCACUGCAAACGCAACUUUGAAGAAAUGCCGCGCUCAUUACUUUUUGGACAGUCCGUACACCACUCCAUCUUUGCCUAUUACAUACAAAUUUCCACAAUUGGAACAGCUAUUCUUGUUCGCAGAAGAGACAUUACCCUUACCACCGAACCACCCGGGGAUUACCAAGCAAUGCUUCGAAUGUCCUAAGUUGAAGGUUCUAUACGCUGAACCUAGCAAUUCAACACGAAUGAUAGAGCAGCUACUCUGCAACAGUAUCGAAGAAUUGUGUAUUGAAGAUUUACCGACGGAAGCUGAGGAUCGUAGGAGAAUUUUAGAAAAAGUUGAGAAAUGCACAAAAGUGAAGAAAUUAAUGUUUAGUAGAUGGGAUAGCAUUGCUGAUAUCAAAGAAAUGUGUAUCCGAUUACGCAAGGCUCCUUUGGAGGAAGUAUGGAUGGAACUACUAGAAGAUGAAGCUAUGAUCGAGGUGAAAAAAAUGGUAGAAGAUCGACUUAGCGAUGGAUUUGUCAAUAAAAUCCGAAAAGCAACAAUUAUAAGUCGUACAGAUCAGCCGUCAAAAGAGAGAGAAUGGUUUGCAAAACAUAUUUCAGACUUCAAAUCCUACAAUUGCAAUGAUCCCGUUGGUCAAAGAGAAAUAAUGUUCCAACAAACAGGGCUGCAUUAUUUUGAAGUGUCGUCGGAAACACGUAUGAUACAUUGGAAUACGAUUUGA